AUGAUUGGGAGCCUUUUGUAUCUUACAGCAAGUAGACCUGACAUCACCUUUGUUGUUGGUGUGUGUGCAAGAUAUCAGGUCAAACCAAAGAUGAGUCACCUUGUACAAGUUAAAAGAAUUCUGAAGUAUGUUAAUGGCACCAGUGACUAUCGGAUUUUGUACUCACAGACAAAGAACUCUACCUUGGUAGGGUAUUGUGAUGCUGACUGGGCUGAGAGUGCUGAUGAUAGGAAAAGUACAUCAGGAGGUUGUUUCUUUCUAGGUGACAAUCUAAUUUCGUGGUUCAGCAAAGAAACAAAAUUAUGGGACUAUAUAUACAAGAGGAGACUUGCUGUUGAGAGGGAACUGACAAAAGAUGCCCUCAAAUGUCAAGACAUCUUUCACCUCAUCAAGGAAGCAGGUUUGUUGAAAACUGUUGCUGACUUUAGUCCAUGCUAUGAACUCCUUGUCAAAGAAUUCCUUGUCAACAUUCCUGAGGAGUGUGAUAAUCCACUGAGCAAGGAUUAUCAAAAGGUGUAUGUCAGAGGUAAAUGUAUUGACUUUUCUCCUACUGUGAUCAAUAAUUAUCUUGGAAGAUCUGUUGAACCUAAGCCUGAACUAGAGGUGGCUAAUGAUGCUGUAAGUACUGAGAUUACUGCUGGCAAGGUCAAGGUGUGGCCUAAAAACAAGUUAAUACCCACUAGAACCAAAGUUGAUUAUGAUUAUGGUACCUAUAUUUUUGAUCAAACUGUUAAGCACAUUAGAUCCACUGCUGUUAAGAUGCCUAUAGCAUUUCCAUCUUUAUUAUAUGGGAUCAUUUUGGAUCAAUACCCUGAUAUCAAGAUCAUUACUGAUACUCCUAAGAAAAGGGAAACUGCCUUCACCUUUCAUCACAAGUUGUUUGGAGACCAUAAUGUUGCAAACAUUGUUGGGACAUCUACUGGUGCAGCUGGUCCUAUGACUAGAAUGGAGAUCAUUGCUGCUCUAAUGGUGACUGUCAAAGCAAAUAAAGAUGUUGUUGCUGAUGAUGAACCAAAGGAUGCUAAUGACAAUGAAGACUCUGACACUGAGGCUGCUACAGAUGCUAAGGAUGAUGACUCUGGUAGCAGUGAUGAAGAAUGA